CCCCUCCUCUGAUUCCUCUCUUUCUCUCUCUCACACACACACACUCAUUCAAAUUUAUCUCCAUUCCUACCUUUCCAUCCUUCUUAAGGAGUACUAGCACCAACCUACAAGCCUCUAUAACUUCCACAAGCUGAUAUACAAUCUAUCAUCUUCUUCACUUCAAGAUAUGAAAGACCUCCAUAAUGAUCAAGAUGCAGCAGGUGAGACAUCAACAGACAACCAAAUUAGGACAGAUGCCAAUUUGAAUACAUGGCUGAACCUAACCUUGGGAGGAAAGUCAUCAACAACUGCUGGAAGUUCUUCUGAUGGCCAAUCAUCCAAAACAGCUCCACUCAAGGUCUUUUCAUGCAACUUCUGUUUAAGAAAGUUUUUCAGCUCACAGGCUCUCGGAGGACAUCAGAAUGCGCAUAAGAGAGAGCGCGGUGCAGCUCGGAGACCUAACCAAUCACCGAGGAUGAUGAUGAACUUGUCUGGCCUCUCUUCUCCUUUCCUUCAUUCUUUAAGAGUUCAACCUCACUCCAUGAUCAACAAGGCAAAAAGAGAAGGAGAUAUCAGUAUGGUUGCCAGGUUUGAGGACACUGGCAUAUCUUGGGCACCUUUUGCACUUGAUGAAGAAAAGAGUUUAAUAUGGCCAAGAAGCUUUCAGAUUGGUUCUUCUUCAUCCAAGCAAACAUCAGAACCACAUAAGCUUGAUUUGAGUCUCCAUCUUUAAUGUUUUCACCAUUGUAAGUUGAAGAAGAAGCUAACAGGUUCAGACUAAUAAUUAUCCACAAGAUGUUUCAUUUUGUAUUCCAUGAUGAAUUGUGAUUAAUUAGUCUUAGAGCUACCUUUAGAAAUUAAUAAAGUUGGCUUUUGUAAAAUUUCUGCUGAUCCAAAGACUUGGACACAGAACUACUUUUGGUUGUUUUGGAAAAAAAAAAAUACUGAUCAGUUUUAAUUGUAGGUUGCCGACAAUGUAAUCAUCAUUUUUGAAGUCCAUUUUUGACUAAUGAAUUAAUCUAAGAAUCUGAUAA